GCCGCCGCGCCACGGCCCGGCAGCCGCCCUCGCGCCCAGGCCUUUCCCGCGCCGCCGGGUCAGGGCGGGGUGAAGCCCUCGGCGCGCGCCUCUCCCGGACCCCGCAGGCUAAAAGAAUGCCACAUUUCAGCAUUUAUACCUAAAAGCAGCAUGCAAAUUUCAGGCCACAUGGAUGAGUGCCAACUUCUGUAUUUCCCCUGUGUAUCCUGUGACCACUCUAUCUGGGAACAUCCUUCAGAGUUCAUGCGUCUUACUGAGGACACCUGACCUUUUGAAGCUUCAUAAUUCACGACUAGAUGUCACCAGUCUUUCCCAUGUUAACAGUUCUGACUAUGUUUUAUUAUAUGUGCCUUCGGCGCCGAGCCAUGACAGCUACAAGAGGAGAAAUGAUGAACAGCCAUAGAACUAUAGUAUCAAACAGCCGGACUUCCCCUCUUAAUGCAGAGGUGGUCCAAUAUGCCAAAGAAGUAGUGGAUUUCAGUUCCCAUUACGGAAGUGAGAAUAGUAUGUCCUACACCAUGUGGAACUUGGCAGGUGUACCGAAUGUAUUUCCAAGUUCUGGUGACUUUACUCAGACAGCUGUGUUUCGAACAUAUGGAACAUGGUGGGAUCAGUGUCCAAGUGCUUCCUUGCCAUUCAAGAGGACACCACCCAAUUUUCAGAGCCAGGACUAUGUGGAACUUACCUUUGAACAACAGGUGUAUCCUACAGCUGUUCAUGUUCUAGAGACAUAUCAUCCUGGAGCAGUCAUCAGAAUUCUGGCUUGUUCAGCAAAUCCCUACUCUCCAAGUCCCCCAGCUGAAGUAAGAUGGGAGACCCUUUGGUCAGAGAGACCUACGAAGGUGAAUGCUUCCCAGGCUCGCCAGUUUAAACCUUGUAUUAAGCAGAUAAAUUUUCCCACAAAUCUUAUACGGCUGGAAAUAAAUAGCUCUCUUCUGGAUUAUUACACUGAAUUAGAUGCAGUUGUGCUACAUGGUAUGAAGGACAAGCCACUGCUUUCUCUCAAGACUUCACUUAUUGACAUGAAUGAUCUAGAUGAUGAUGACUAUGAAGACAAGGAUGGUUGUGGAAUGGACAGUCUAAACAAAAAGUUUAACAGUGCUGCCCUAAGGGAAGGGCCGAAUAACGGAUAUUUUGAUAAACUACCAUAUGAGCUUAUUCAACUGAUUCUGAAUCAUCUUACAUUACCUGACCUGUGUAGAUUAGCACAGACUUGCAAACUGCUGAACCAGCAUUGCUGUGAUCCUCUACAAUACAUCCACCUCAAUUUGCAACCUUACUGGGCAAAAGUAAAUGACACUUCUCUAGAAUUUCUGCAGACUCGAUGCACUCUUGUCCAAUGGCUCAAUUUAUCCUGGACUGGCAAUAGGGGCUUCAUCUCUGUUGCAGGAUUUAGCAGGUUUCUGAAGGGUUGCGGAUCUGAAUUAGUACGUCUUGAACUGUCUUGCAGCCACUUCCUUAAUGAAACCUGCUUGGAAGUUAUUUCUGAGAUGUGUCCAAAUCUCCAGGACUUAAAUCUCUCAUCAUGUGAUAAACUGCCACCUCAAGCUUUCAACCACAUUGCCAAAUUAUGCAGCCUGAAACGACUCAUUCUUUAUCGAACAAAAGUAGAGGAACAAGAAUGGUAAGUCCAGCAUCUUUAAGAAAACUGCUGGAGUCUUGUAAAGAUCUCUGCUUACUGGACGUGUCCUUCUGUUCACAGAUUGAUAACAGGUCUGUUCUCGAACUCAAUGCAAGCUUUCCAAAAGUGUUCAUUAAAAAGAGCUUUACACAGUGAUUUCAUAUAUGCCCUGUCAUUAAAAUCAGUGUGCUUUUCUAGGAUUUUAUUGUGCGAUUGGCUUUUUUGUUUUAUUUAAUUUUUGUAAUGUGAGAAUUAAGACAUUUGUAGAUUUUAAAGAAAAAUAGGAAACUGUCCACUGAAUUUAGUAAAAAUGUAAAAUAUUCUCAUAAAAUAUUGCAAGUACUUUUCAACAGUGUGUUAAAUGGCUAAUACUUUUACAUUAUGUGAAUCAGUGAUAUUAUGUUUUGAUCAAUAGUUAUAUGUUAAUAAAAGAAUAAUGUGGAAAAACUAACUUAUUUUUAAAGGAAUACUUUGAAGAAUAAAGUGUCAUAUUUGUGCAAGAAUAAAGUUGAUUUUUCAUGCCUUCCUGUAAGAAUGCCUUAUUAAACUUUAUGGCCUGGCAA